AUGGCUCCAGAUAGUGUAUUAAAUGAUACAUAUAGUAUCAAUGUUAGCGAAGAUGGAGAAAAAAUUGAAUUAGUAGACUGUGAUUACUUGGACAGAGAGAUGGAAGAAGUCAAAACCGAAUACUUCGUCAUCAAACCCGAUAGCAUGGGAAGUGGCGGAAAUCGGCCGACGUUUGUUGAUGACGACGCAUCGACGUGCAUCGCAAACGGAUCGCAUUACGAUUGCUCGUGGCCUACGUACAAAGGCAACAGAGUUUCGUUUCCGCGGAUAGUAUCCAAGAAAAGGAGCAAAGCCAUAGACAUCAUCGAUCCAGAGACCGGUGAAAAAGUACAGUUAUGAACGAAUGUCGAAAAAACUUAAUGUCAUUAGCUGGCAUAUAUUUGUUACCAUGUUUUGCGUCCAAUAAAAAUUAUAUUA